UUUGCCCUCUGUUUGUAUAUUUAGUUACAAGGAAACGACGACGUUUUAGGUGGCAGUUCCUUUUGAAAACCUUAAUGGGCCGAGACUUUCUCCAAUCUUAAUAGGCCCAAUAAAUCUCACCAAUUUCAGAUUUAAAGUACGAAGCUCAACAAAAACCUAAGUUGUCCUUUUCGGUUUUGGAAAAGAGAAGAGAAAAGGAAAUAUUUGCUAACUAGUUUUUCGGAAACUCUGUUUGCUCUAUAAAAGUUGAAAACUUGAAGAAGAGACCAUUACAAAAAAAGUCACAAGUUGCUUACACACAUCGAUUCUAUAAUGUUAGAAAGUAUGCAACAAACCGUUGACGUUCUUAGCUGCAUUAGAAGGUAUCCAUGGAUUAUUGAGAUGGUGAAGUCGAAGCUUUUCCAUGAAAUUUGCGAUCAACACGACACGCAAAAAAAAAGGCGAUGUUACUUCUGUUGCGAUUGUAUGAUUCCUCCUUUUUGCACAACUUGCUACAAAAAGAACGAUCACAAAGGCCACACUUUGAUUCAAACAUAUAGAAGUUCGUACCAGACAGGAGUAAAGAAAGAGACGAUGUCAAAAUAUAUGGAUAUAUCAGGGAUACAUAUAUAUUCGAUCAACGGGUUUCCGAUUGUUUAUAUAAACCAGAGACGUGGCAAUGAUAAUCAUCGUUUUAGAAACAAUGUUAUGCAUAAAUGUCAAGUUUGUGAAUGGGAACUUGAUGCUGCUUCUUCUGCUUUGUUCUGUUCAAUGGAAUGCAAGUUUAGGAGCGUUCUUGGGUCACAACUUGAUGAGCUGAUGGAGAAUUCAGAGAUUACAGAGAAUUCAGAAGAGACUGAUGAACUGGUGAAGAAGAAACGACAUAGGAGAAAAGGGAGUCCACAUAGAGCUCCAUUCUUCUAGGGUUUUAAUUCCGAAACGAUUUUUUUAUAUAUGAUUUUUUGGGGGGUUUAUAAUAAGUGAGAUUUUAGACAUGUGUUGCCUUUUUUUUAGGUUUAAUAGAUGAUUUAAUUUUUAUGAA